AUGGCGGAGGCGGCGGCCGCUCCUGCUGCGCCCGGGAUCCGGAGCCCCCAGCGCUGAGCCGGGCCCCGCCGGGUCUCCCGUCCCCACCAUGGCCGAGCCGGCAGGCGGGGGUGCCUGCUCCCUGCCCCGGGAGAUCCGCGAGCAGCUGGCCGAGCUGGAGCUGGAGCUCUCCGAAGGGGACAUCACACAGAAGGGGUAUGAGAAGAAAAGGGCAAAGCUGCUGGCUCCAUACAUCCCACAGACGCAUGGGGUUGAUCCAGCAUUACAAAAGGAACCCAGAAAUCAGACACCUGCUCCAGCAGCAACUUCAGCACCAUCCUCAUCCAAGUAUCACCGAGCUCGAUCUGGAGGAGCCAGAGAUGAACGCUAUCGGUCUGAUAUCCACACAGAGGCAGUUCAAGCAGCACUGGCAAAGCAUAAAGAACAGAAGAUGGCUCUGCCUAUGCCAACGAAAAGACGUUCCACAUUUGUACAAUCGCCAGCUGAUGCCUGCACCCCCCCAGACACGUCUUCUGCAUCCGAGGAUGAGGGAUCGCUAAGGCGCCAGGCUGCUCUUUCUGCUGCAUUGCAUCAGAGCUUACAGAAUGCUGAGUCCUGGAUCAACCGAUCUAUUCAGGGGUCAUCCACAUCUUCAUCAGCAUCUUCUACACUAUCCCAUGGAGAAGGCAAAGGGACCAGUGGGACACUAGCUGAUGUAUUUGCCAAUACUCGAAUAGAGAAUUUUUCCGUUCCCCCUGAUGUCACUGCAACUACCUCCUCAUCCUCUUCCUCAGCACGCCCAGCAACUAUUGAUAUUCCUCCAUCAGGAAUCGUGAAAGGCACGCACAAGGGAUCCAAUCGAUCUAGUCUCAUGGACACUGCUGAUGGUGUCCCUGUAAAUAGCAGAGUCUCCACAAAAAUUCAACAGCUGCUCAACACCCUGAAACGACCAAAAAGGCCACCCCUGAAGGAAUUUUUUGUGGACGAUUUUGAAGAAAUUGUGGAAGUCCCACAGCCUGACCCAAACCAGCCCAAACCAGAGGGGCGCCAGAUGACACCUGUUAAGGGGGAGCCACUGGGAGUGGUUUGUAAUUGGCCUCCUGCCUUAGAAGCAGCACUGCAGCGCUGGGGGACCACGCAGGCCAAAUGUCCCUGUCUGACCGCACUGGAUGUUACUGGAAAACCCGUCUAUACCCUGACGUAUGGUAAAUUGUGGAGCAGAAGCCUUAAGCUGGCCUACACACUGCUUAAUAAACUGGGGACCAAAAAUGAACCUGUGUUAAAGCCUGGAGACAGGGUAGCCCUUGUUUACCCCAACAAUGACCCAGUCAUGUUCAUGGUGGCAUUUUACGGCUGUCUGCUAGCGGAAGUGAUCCCAGUGCCUAUAGAGGUACCUCUUACCAGAAAGGAUGCUGGUGGUCAGCAGAUCGGCUUCCUCUUGGGGAGCUGUGGCAUCACUUUGGCUCUCACCACUGAGGUUUGUCUAAAGGGGCUGCCAAAAACCCAGAAUGGGGAGAUUGUGCAGUUUAAAGGUUGGCCCAGACUCAAAUGGGUUGUGACAGACUCAAAGUAUCUCUCCAAGUCACCAAAGGACUGGCAGCCCAACAUCUCAACUGCAGGAACUGAGCCAGCAUAUAUUGAGUACAAGACCAGUAAGGAAGGCAGUGUGAUGGGGGUAACAGUGUCUCGGAUUGCCAUGCUGUCUCAUUGUCAGGCUCUGUCUCAGGCUUGCAACUACUCUGAAGGUGAAACCAUAGUGAAUGUUCUGGAUUUCAAGAAGGAUGCAGGGCUCUGGCAUGGCAUGUUAACGAAUGUAAUGAACAAGCUGCACACCCUCAGCGUGCCCUACUCCGUGAUGAAAACCUGCCCACUCUCCUGGGUGCAGAGAGUUCAUACCCACAAAGCGAAGGUGGCUUUAGUGAAGUGUCGAGACCUGCACUGGGCCAUGAUGGCUCAUCGGGACCAAAGAGAUGUCAGCCUGAGUUCUCUGCGGAUGCUGAUUGUAACUGACGGUGCUAAUCCCUGGUCUGUUUCCUCAUGCGAUGCUUUCCUGAGUUUGUUUCAGAGCCACGGGCUUAAACCUGAGGCAAUCUGUCCAUGUGCCACAUCUCCAGAAGCAAUGACUGUAGCAAUACGGAGGCCUGGUGUCCCUGGGGCACCCUUGCCUGGAAGAGCGAUCCUGUCCAUGAGUGGGCUAAGUUAUGGUGUUAUUCGUGUGAACACUGAAGAUAAAAACUCUGCUCUCACGGUACAGGAUGUUGGCCAUGUGAUGCCAGGAGGAAUGAUGUGCAUUGUGAAACCCGAUGGAUCUCCUCAGCUCUGUAAAACAGAUGAGAUUGGUGAAAUCUGUGUUAGCUCCAGAACAGGAGGGAUGAUGUAUUAUGGGCUGACUGGGGUGACAAAGAACACGUUUGAGGUUAUCCCUGUCAACUCGGCUGGUUCUCCAGUGGGCGACGUGCCAUUCGUCCGCUCAGGCUUGCUGGGGUUUGUUGGACCUGGUAGCUUGGUGUUUGUGGUUGGAAAAAUUGAUGGCUUGCUGACAGUUAGUGGGCGCAGACACAAUGCUGAUGACAUCGUUGCAACCGGAUUAGCAGUUGAAUCAAUAAAGACAGUCUACAGAGGAAGGAUUGCUGUGUUUUCAGUCUCUGUGUUCUACGAUGAGAGGAUUGUGGUGGUGGCAGAGCAGCGGCCAGAUGCUUCUGAAGAGGACAGUUUUCAGUGGAUGAGCCGAGUGCUGCAGGCAAUUGACAGCAUUCACCAAGUGGGCGUGUAUUGUCUUGCUCUGGUACCAGCCAACUCUUUGCCAAAAACUCCUCUCGGAGGGAUCCAUAUCUCUCAAACCAAACAGCACUUUUUGGAGGGCUCGCUCCACCCGUGUAACAUCCUCAUGUGCCCGCACACAUGUGUGACCAACUUGCCAAAACCCAGGCAGAAACAACCAGGUGUUGGCCCUGCCUCUGUGAUGGUGGGGAACCUGGUUGCUGGGAAGCGCAUUGCUCAGGCUGCUGGGAGGGACCUUGGACAAAUAGAAGACAACGAUUUAGUUAGAAAGCACCAGUUCCUGACGGAGGUGUUACAAUGGAGAGCUCAAGCAACCCCUGAUCACACGCUCUUCCUUCUUCUAAAUGCCAAGGGAACUCCUGUGUGCACAGCCACCUGCCUCCAGCUGCACAAGAGAGCAGAGAGAAUUGCAUCAGUUCUGUAUGACAAGGGACAUCUGAAUGCAGGAGACAACGUGGUGCUGCUCUAUCCUCCUGGCAUUGAACUCAUUGCUGCAUUCCAUGGCUGUUUGUAUGCUGGCUGCAUUCCUGUGACCGUUCGACCACCUCAUGCUCAGAACCUCACUGCAACUCUGCCCACUGUGCGAAUGAUCGUAGAUGUCAGCAAAGCUGCCUGCAUUCUCACAACUCAGACCUUAAUGAGACUACUGAAAUCCAGAGAGGCAGCUGCUGCUGUGGAUGUGAAAACCUGGCCAACCAUCAUUGACACAGAUGACUUGCCCAGAAAGCGGCUACCUCAGAUCUAUAAACCACCCACACCAGAGAUGUUGGCAUACCUAGAUUUUAGUGUGUCCACGACAGGCAUGCUUACAGGAGUGAAGAUGUCCCACUCAGCAGUGAAUGCUCUUUGCAGGGCGAUAAAGCUCCAGUGUGAGCUCUAUUCCUCUCGGCAGAUUGCCAUUUGUCUUGAUCCCUACUGCGGACUUGGCUUUACGCUCUGGUGCCUUUGCAGCGUGUAUUCUGGUCACCAGUCCAUCUUAAUUCCGCCUAUGGAGUUGGAAUCCAAUCUUUUCCUCUGGCUUUCCACUGUCAGUCAGCACAAAAUAAGGGACACUUUCUGUUCCUAUUCAGUCAUGGAGUUGUGCACAAAGGGACUUGGAAAUCAGGUCGAAGUGUUAAAGGCAAGAGGAAUUAAUCUGUCAUGUGUCCGGACCUGUGUGGUGGUUGCAGAAGAGCGGCCACGAAUUUCUCUCACCCAGUCCUUCUCCAAACUUUUCAAAGACAUUGGCCUGUCAUCCCGUGCUGUGAGCACCACCUUUGGGUCAAGAGUCAACGUAGCUAUCUGUUUACAGGGAACCUCUGGGCCUGACCCUACCACAGUGUACGUAGAUCUGAAAUCCUUAAGACAUGACAGAGUCCGUUUGGUAGAGAGGGGAGCUCCACAGAGCCUGCUGCUUUCGGAAUCUGGGAAGAUUUUGCCUGGAGUCAAAGUGAUUAUAGUCAAUCCUGAGACCAAGGGACCUGUUGGAGAUUCUCACCUUGGAGAGAUUUGGGUGACCAGUCCCCACACGGCCAGUGGUUACUAUACCAUCUAUGAUAAUGAAUCCCUUCAAGCUGAUCAUUUCAACACUCGUCUGAGCUUUGGUGAUGCCGCUCAGACACUUUGGGCUAGAACUGGAUACCUAGGCUUUGUUCGCCGGACGGAGCUCACAGCUGCCAGUGGAGAUCGCCAUGAUGCACUGUAUGUCGUAGGAGCACUGGAUGAAACUUUGGAGCUGAGAGGACUCCGUUAUCAUCCAAUUGACAUAGAGACUUCAGUAUCUCGGACACACAGGAGCAUUGCUGAAUGUGCUGUGUUCACAUGGACCAACUUGCUGGUGGUAGUUGUGGAGCUGUGCGGCUGUGAACAGGAAGCCCUGGAUUUAGUCCCUCUAGUUACCAAUGUGGUUCUGGAAGAACAUUACCUAAUUGUGGGAGUUGUGGUGGUGGUGGAUCCAGGAGUUAUUCCCAUCAAUUCCAGAGGAGAAAAACAACGGAUGCAUCUCCGUGACAGUUUCUUGGCUGAUCAAUUAGAUCCCAUCUAUGUGGCGUAUAACAUGUAAUGGGGUAGAGGGGAUAAUGUUCACAAACUUUGUAGUACCACUAAAAUGACCAAUGGUGACUAUAGAAAUGAAGCUGGUGAAAAGUACUAAUACUUGAUGUAAAGUUUGUGAUCGCUACCGUAUUCCCUUCAUUUCAUCCUGUGGGAUUAUGAUCACAUGAACAACUGAGGGUCAAAUGGAAAUAUGGUAGACAAUGGAAAAUGUUUGUAACAGUUUACUGAACAUUAGCUUUAUAGACAAUGCAAAGUUGACAAGUGUGUGAGUUACAAAAUUCCUAAGGCCUUUACAGUAGUGUUACUUUUUUCAUCUGUUGUACAUAUUUGUAUUUUUAUCUAAUACUGUUUUAUGAUUCUAUAAGGGGAGGGUUUAUUUACUUAAGAUAAACUAUUAAGAAAAGAGUAAUCAGUCCUGCAGUUCCCCAGUAUAUAAUGUACUUUGCAACUGUACUGUAGCUAUUCGUUCCAUGGGAUCUCACUGCUUAUUUAAAAUUGUGCCAUGACCAAAUCCAAUAACCCCCUGAAAGUAAGAAUUACUUACUCGUAUAGAUAUUUCUUUAAUUUAAAAUGGAUUUUGCCUAUAUUUUUAAAAUGUAAAUAUUAAUAUACAUAAUUCACUUAGACAGAAAAUUGGCUUAAGUAAUGAUGACAUCUGAAGUAGAGGACUGUAAUUUUUGAAGUCCUUAACAUAAAUUACACUUGGUUAGGCAACUAAUGUGAGAAAUGCAAAUCUUACAAAAGUUUUCUUAAUUCAGUAUGUAUGUAGUCUCUUAUUGCUGGCCAGAAUGUCAUAGUAUGUAGAAGCCUAUGUUUUUAAAUCACAUCUUUCUAAAUGAGGCUGAAGUAUUUAAGCUUUUGAAACAUUAAAAAUAAAAUAAAAAUUUGAUAGAAACUGUACUGCAUCUCCAGAAUGCUUAACUGAAAUUUGUACACUUGUGUGACAGCCUCGGCUUCUCCUCAUUAUGGAGCUUUGUGUUUAAAAAAAAACCAAAAGCUAAGAUUAUGGCACAGAUUGACAAAAAUAAUUAAAUUCAUUGCUGGGAUUGUGGCUCCAUCCUUAAUUUAUUCCACAGUGUGCCCACAGUUAUAGCAGCAAAUGUAAUGUGUACAAGGGCUUUAUAUGGAAAAUACCCUGAAUUUCCCUGAGGCAUUCACCAGAAAGAAUUUGAUAAUUCUGGAAGGGAGUUGGCUGAAAUCAGCUAUGUGAUUUUUUUAUAAUGAGGGACUAAGUGGCAACAGAAAGCAAGGAUAAUGUUGUUCUAGUGCAUGAAUAGUGAAAUAUUUUCAAAAAAAGUCAAGAUUACAGCAUCCCAAAAUAGUUGGUCAGUUUGCGGCCUUUAUAAAUGCUGAAAAGCAGAAGCCUUAAAGUGUGCAAGACGACCAACCAUUUGGAAGUUAUUGUAAUCCUCUGGCACAGUGGGCUGAGGGUGAGACAAGGUUUCAGAAUCAACUAUCUUUCUUUCAUCUAACCUUUAGUUGGAUUUCUUGUGGGGUUUUUUUCUCUUACGUGAUGAAGAAAACAAAACUUUGGAAGCAUAGAAGACCGGAUAGCAGAAAUUGUAACAGCUUUUUUGGGCCAUUUGUAGUCUGUUAUGUAAAUACAUGCUUAAAAUAUUUUAAUAUGUAUUAUUUACCCCUGUAACAAGUAUACAGUGUGUUUAGAUAAUUUUUAUAAAGGUUUAUAAUGUAAACUUGUAUAAAUCCAAAUCUAUAACAGCUAUAUUAAGUGCUGCUCUGACAGCCAUCUGUAAACAAGUCAUGGUUCUGUACUUGAAAUCCCCCUCCUUAUGAAUGCUUUAUAAGAGUUCUUCAUUGAGGGCUGGAGUGUUAAAAUUCAGAUAUAAAGCUCUGAAUAUAUUCUCAAAAUAUUUAGGGUUAAUUUGCUUGUCAUAGAGGUGGAAGGAUAUAUCUUCAUUUACUAUGGCAGGUCUAACACAGGGAGAGAAUUCCUUACAAACAAGCAGCUUAAAUAUUUACUUUUUUAAAGAGUUGUUAUUAAAUUCCUAGAUUUUUGAAAUAAGACCCUUGUGGAUAUUUUAAAACAACAGUAUUUCCACAGUCAUGCUGCUAGGUAGUUAUAAAUUGUACAAAGCUUCCAUAUGAAUGUGGUUUUAACAGAUCCUCUGCAAAAAUGAGGAAAUGGACAACUGUGUAGUCAUUGCUGAUAAAAAAUUAAAUGCCAGUGUAGAUCAGCUGGGUAACAGCAUAUAAAUUGCCUAUGAACAGCCUUGACCUCCUUGAGAGACUCUCCCCUUUUUAUUACACACUUUCCUUGAAUGGCAAGAAUGGUUUACAAUGCAGCUUCACUUUGUUCUCCUGACUUUGAAGACGACAGUUUUGAAAGGCUUUUUUCAUAUCCUAGUUUACUUAACUUUUUAGAUGCAUUGUUUUGUCAAUUUUAAAUCCUUGUCCAUUGAGAGAGAACCAUAGCACAAAUCUAGAAACUUCUUUGAUUGGGUUUCUCCACUUACGUAAUUUUGCAUUAAUAAAAAUUCACAAAUGUCUUGUGAUAUUUAUUUAAUCAAGGAUUGCUAAUACGUGCAGUUCAGAGUGACUUUUUAGAGUGGCAUUUUGGAAUUUUCAAUCUAGAAGGCUGAAGUUCUCUCUUUAAUACUGAAAAGCUCAGUAAUUUUUCUCCUCGGCUUGGAUUUCUAGAAGCUGAAUAAUUACGUUUUUAAAUGUCUAGUGUAGUGUGAUUCUAAUUAACUGUAUUCUGAUCCAUACAUUUCUGUGAUUAGGGACUCAUGGAUUCAGAUUGUAAUCUAUGGUCUUUUUGUCCCCUAAGUGCCCAAGUCUUGUUUCCUGAUAAGUAGUGUAUAGAAGUGGCCAACUUUUAAAUUAUUGGAUGCUUCUGAGCGUGUUCAGCAAAAUAGGAAGAAGUGUGUGUUAGCAGAAUGAACAUGGGGCUGGGUGUCAGGAAGUCCUGGAUUCUAAUAACAGUUUUGCUGCUGACUUGCUGGGUUGCCUUGGGCAAGUCAUUUCACUGCCUCAGUUGGCAAAUCUAUAGAUGGGGAUAUAAUCUAAUCAUUACAAUGUCCCUGUAAAUAACUAGUUAUACAGUACUAAGUAUUAGUCGCUGAUGCCUCCUUGAGUUUGGGAGCCCAGUGAUGCUCUUCCAAACUGAUUAACAACUCAUUUGAUUCGUUUUGGGAGAGUCUUGAGAUGUAACCAAUUCACCCUAAAAUAUUUUCUCAUUGUAAUAGGGAAUUGACAUUUAGCUUAAGGAACCUGGCUGGCCACCAAAGGCUUUGACAUUAGCUAUUCCUGUUCAGAGCUGGAUUUGCCUCCCCCCUACCCCAUCAUGUAUGGUACCCUUUAGAAUCCAGCAGUGAGUACAAAGGGGCAAACCUACUCAUGUUCAGCUCUCUACUCCAGUUUGGCUUUUUGCAGUUCAUCCAGUUGCAGAAGCAAAUAAACGUCCCAUUAGUGUCCAUGCAAUGAAUCUUGAGUUGAGACCUGCAAUGUACCCUGAGAACCGUUACUCCUGAACUAAAAAAAGUUUAUACGCCUUACUGUUGUAUGAUUACUGCCCUAGCAAAAGUAUUUGUGGCAUAAAAUUGCAGUACUUCGGUCUAAGUCUGUUAACACUUGCACUUCACCUCUGAUAACUGUGUAAUUAAGUUGGGUCAUACUAACUGUCCUGGAGAUAAAAUUGUAAAAACAAGAUUACAUUUUUAGCCUAAAUGUAAUUUUUCUUUAAUUACUGUCAACAUAUUUACCAUUGUCAAAUUCAGACUACAACAUUAUGUAAUUAUGUAUAAAGGUUUUUUAUUUAUUUGACAUUAGAGUAGAUAUACCUUUUUAAAUUUAACACCUGGCUGGACAGUGUUCCAUUAACGCAUUGAUUGUGUUUCCUUUGUCUUGUGUUAAUAAAUAUUGAUGCCUGAUUGCUUUCUUAGUUCUUCAUCUGCUGCCUCUCUAAACUUUUUCCUUGAGGAAGUGAACAUUGGUUGUUACUUGUUCUGGUGAAUUUGGGAGGAUGAAAGCAUUUUUCAAAUGCAUUAAAUUGUUGCAUUCACUGAUAUAUGCAAAACCUGCUGUAUUGCACGGUGCUAGCAACCUGAAACUGUGAGGAACUGAGCUCUCUCAACUUCCAUCAAAUCAAAGGUGUGCAGACCUAAAGUACUGGGUCCCUGUAUCAUUUCAGAUCAGAUUAUAGUUGAGAUCCAUUGGGUGAGGGAAGACUAAAGUGCAAUCAAAACAUUACACACUUAUUUCUAAUAUUUUACUUUGAACAGUGAUUUGUUCUUAAAUUAUUGAAAAUAGACCAUCACUUGGCUUUUGUUUAGAAUGAGACAUAUUAGAUUGAAAUUUCUGAUAAGUAGGUUAUAAAAAAUUGUUGUUCAAUCUCAACAUAUUUUACCUUAUUGUUUAUAUUAAGAAAAAAAUUAAAGCUUUCAUGUGGGAUUUUAAAAUGUGUUCAGCAUUACACUUCAGUGGAAGCAGAGUUAGGCCAAUGCUGAGUGCUUUGGAAAAUCUCAUUCAAAUAUUUAACUUGUAUAACUAAAGGUCCAAUUCAGCAAAAUGCUGAGCACCUUGCAAAUCCCACUGAAAUCACUGAGUUGAGGGCACUCAGCAAGUUACAGGAUCCAUCCAUUAAGUGGUUUACUAAGGCUACUUUCUCCUGACAUGAAGUUUUCAUAUCCAUAAUAAAUGAAUUUUGAAGUGAAACAAUUUCAAAUCAGGAAUCACUUAUCCUGUGUUCAAGUUUAUUAUUAUGCUAAAUUGUUUAUCUAGAAAAUAUAUACCAGAGGAGCACAAUUUACUGUACCUUAACUGAAAAGCCAAAUUCUGAUUGCCCUUGAACAUGUUUGGUGCUUCAGCCAAUUAGAAACCAGCCUAUUCAAACAGCGAAUAUACAGUUUCAUUUCACUUUGUGAAUAAAUUUGUGAAAGCUCAGCCUUCCUGCAAUCUGGUUUAAAACAAUGCAAUUUGUGGUGUGACUUUUAGCAUAAUUACAAAUUUGUAAGGGUGCUUUCACUACAUGCACAGCACUGUUUGUGCUCACUAUCAUGUUCCACAAGAUUUUGUCCACAUUUCCUAAAAUCAUGGACAUUUGAAAUAUAAACUCCUUUUUUAACUAAGGUAUAUUAUCUUUGACUUAGUUUAAACUCUGUACUGUUAAUUGUUAUGGACAUUAUUUGUAUUAUUUGAACACAGUUUUCAUUGUCAGGCGUAUUAAGUGUCUUUUUCUUGACCUUGGAUUAUACCUGUUGGCUCCAUUUAUUUAUUGUUGGGGAACAUUUUUAUGCCAUUUAUCUCUUCUUCAAUAUACUGUAAGAUAUAAUUUAAAACAACCAUUGACAUAUACAGGAGAAAAAGAACAGUAAAGUUGGGAAGAAUGUAGACUAUUUUGUGGUAUUAAUUUUAAAACCUAGGAGGGAAAAAAACCAACACUGUUAAUAUUCCCCACCCUUAAACUUUUUCUCUGGCCGGCUGCCAUGAUAGAACAGCUACAUAUGGUUUUCCACAGAGAGAUGAGAGAGGGCAUUUGGCAUCAUCUGAGAUUCAACACUGAAUAAUCUCUGCUGUCAAAAAUGAACAAGAGAGAUUGUGUUGAAGGAAAUCUUAUCUACUUCAAGUAUCUGUAGAUGUAAAUAAAUACUUUGUUAAAGCGAGAUUAUAAUUUUUAUUAUCCAGCUCUACUGUGUGUAUAGAAUGUGUGUGUAAAUGUAUCCAAACAGGCUUUUCCAAAAACCCUAAAUGGCAGUCCUCCUUUUUUAUAUUAACAACACUCCCUUUCCAGAAAGUCUUUUUCACACAGUUUAGCUUGAUAUAAAAUCAAAAUAAAAUAAACAAUUUAAGAUGUAUUUUUGUAAUUUUCUCCUAUUUCUAGGACACACAAUGAUUUAUUCAAUCUUGGUUGUGUGGGGGAACUGUGUAAAUAUAAAAGGAUAAUUAAUCUGACUAGACAGUCCAGAAUCAUACAGGUAUCCAGCAUGACUGCAAUGGUCAGUACUUUAUUAAUUAUGUUACUCUUUUUAUUUUCUAAUUCCUUUCAUCAUGCCUUUCAAGAAGUGGGCUUAGCUUUCAGUUACCUAAGUUUGUUGAGUGAUUUGAGGACACUUUCAGUAUUGGUUACAACAGUACUAUCAAGAUAUGGUUAUAUGCUGGUGAGGUAUUAUAGCAAUAUAUUGUAACAUUAGUACUUAUUCCUCCGGCAAUACUUUACACAGUACAGCUCAAGAGUUGUCCUUGACUGAACAGAUUCUUGAGAAUUUAGAGUUUGAACCGUAGUUUCAAAAGGAAUUAAAAAAAAAAAUACUGAGGACAUAUUAACAAAGCAUUUUUCUAUUUGCAAUAUUACAUAUUUUUCUUUU